AUGAAGAAACUUGCCACAUACACAGCACCUGCUCAUCUUUUGGAGGUGGAGCGAACGGUGGAAGUGGCCCAGCAGCCGUCAUACAACGACCAACGGUUUGGACUCUCUGUCGACAUGGAACUGCGAACGUACCGCGAGCGCAUGGAGCCACGGAAAAGACUCAAAAGUGAGCCGGAGAACGAGAAUGAAAAGAAAAGCACGGGCAAGACAAUCCCACUCACAGACGACGUGCUCGAUCGCAUUAUCCCCAAAGGCUACAUCAAGGCGACGCCGCCGGACGCCCAGCAAGUGGAUGCCUACGAAAUGCCAAUUUCUGCGCCUGUCGCAGCAGAAACGCUUCCCGAGUACGAUGGAAUUGCCAUGCGCAAAGAAGAUGUGCGGCACUUUGCUGUGCUUUUGGAGGCGCCUCGCGAAGGCCCCGAAGCACGCACACAAAUUCGGGCGGCCGAGCUUGUGUUGCGCGCGAAAAAUGGCGCCCCGCCUGUGCGCCGCAAAGCAGUUCGUGCUCUCCGCGCGCAGGCGCGCGAACUUGGCCCGCAGCCUAUAUUGCUGCUUGUUCUCCCGCUCAUGCUUGAGCCUGCGCUCGAUGAAGGCGACCGCCAUGUGCUCGGGAAGAUUGUCACGCGCAGUCUCCCAGCAUGGGAUGCAGAGGCACGGCCCUUUGUGCACCAGAUAGUCACCGCUGUCGGCCCACAGCUUCUUGAUCCAGAUAUGACGCUCCGGCUCGAGGCGCGAGACUGUAUCGCUGCGCUUGCGCGGUCGGCAGGAUUUGCAUCGCUUGUGGCGAGCUUGCGCCCGGACCUCGAUCACAGCGACGAGUAUGUGCGGAACGUGACUGCGCGCGUCUUUGCCGUGGUGGCCGUCACGUUGGGUCUCGCCAAAGUGGUGCCGUUUGUGCGCGCGGUGAUCAAGCUGAAAAGCGCCCCGGCCCGACACACGGGUAUUCGCAUAGUCCACCACAUUUGUGUUCUACUUGGAGGUGGCAAUGGCGCGGCAGUGUUGCCGCACCUAGCGUCGCUUGUAUCUGUUUUGCAGCCAGCCUUGGGCGACGAAGCAGUGCAUGUGCGGCUGGCAGCAGCGGGCACCAUGGCGCAACUUGCCGAGAGCGUGCGGCCAUAUGGUGCUGCGGCGCUCGAGCCGGUGAUGCCAGUUGCAUGGGCGGCACUUCGACAGCAUCGCGGGCGUGCGCUUGCGCUGUUCAUGCGGUGUGUGGCCGCAGUUGUUCCGGCUUUGGCCCACGACUCUGCCUACGAAGAACAUGCUGCCUACUAUACGCGCGAGCUUGUGCGGGUGGCGGCGCGCGAGUUUGCCGCGCCUGACGACGAUAUGCGCCGCUCGGUGUUGCGGGUGGUGGCCAGCUUGCCCUUGUCUCGCGCUGCCGUGCCGCAGUACCGAACGGCUCUCGUGGCGCCCUUUUUCCGCCACAUGGCCACGCGGCGCGCGGCGCUGGACUCUCAGACCGCGCGGCUCGUGAGCACUGUCGCCGUACACUUGGCGCAGUUGGAUGUGCCGUAUGUGGUGGAACAGCUUUGCCCGCUCGCAAAGGACGCCAAUGAAAGCUUGCGGCGUGUUGCUGCGGAUGCGCUCGGCAAAAUCGUCAGCGUCGGAAAUACGACCGACAACGUUUCCCCUACGGCGGCGCUCGACGACCGUGCGGCUGCGGCCCUUUUAGACGCCGUUCUCGUGGCGUUUCAAGAACAAGCGCCGCCGCACCCAGUGUACUUGGCGGCAGUGGCGGCCGUGUGCCGCGCCCUUGGCACACGGCUUACACCGCACGUGCCUGGUCUUCUCAGCACUGUCCUUUACCGAAUGAAACAUGCAGAUGCCGAGGUGCGGGCACAGGCUGCGGAUUUGGCGGCUGCCGUAGCACCUGCCAUUGGUGCCGACGCCGCGCGGCGCCUCAUUGUGUUCUUCUACGAACUGUUGGGUGAAGUGUACCCUGAAGUGCUAGGGUCGGUGGUUGGCGCAUUGCGCGCGUGUUUGGCUGCGCUCGACCCCAAUGCGCGCAUGGCGCUCGAAAACCCGCCCCUCGCAGCGCUUUUGCCUGCGCUCACGCCAAUCUUGAAGAACCGCCACGAUAAGGUCCAGGAACAAAGUAUCCUCUUGGUCGGUCUCAUUGCUCGCACUGGUGCGGACACCAUCAAUGCCAAAGAAUGGAUGCGUGUGUGCUACGAUCUUUUGGAUAUGCUCAAGUCUACACGGCGCCGUGUUCGUGUAGCAGCCAAUGCCACCUUUGGUCACAUUGCCAAUACCAUAGGGCCCCAGGACGUUUUGGCCAUGUUACUCGAUAACCUCCGGGUGCAGGAGCGGCAGCUUCGUGUGUGUACGGGCGUGGCUAUUGCCAUAGUGGCUGACACUUGUGCACCGUUCACAGUGCUUCCAGCGCUCAUGAACGAAUACCGUGUGCCCGAUAAGAAUGUACAAAACAGUGUGCUCAAGGCGCUCAGUUUUAUGUUCGAGUAUCUUGACGGCGCUACCGCGCGGCCAUAUGUGUAUGCCGUGGCGCCACUUCUCAUGGAUGCGCUCACAGACCGCGACCAGGUUCAUCGUCAGACGGGCGCCACCGUGGUGCGCCACUUGGCACUCGCUUGCGCCGCGCGCGGCGUGCACGCCGAUCUCCACCCUGUUUUCGUUCACUUUUUGAAUCUUGUGCUUCCAAACAUUUACGAGGUGCUGCCGCAUGUGAUAUCGCGUGUGGUGGAGGCACUCGAUGCGUUGCGGAUUGCAGUUGGUGCUGGUGUGUAUUUGAAUUAUGUUUGGGCUGGGCUUUUCCAUGCGGCCCGCAAGGUGCGCACGCCCUACUGGAAAUUGUACAAUGCGGCAUAUGUGCAACACUGCGAUCUGCUUGUGCCCUGCUACCCACGCCUUGAAUAUGACCAGCUCGAUGAGCUCGAUGUGUGGAUAUAA